AUGGCAGCACCUCGAUCUAUCGCAGAUCCAGAGAUUAAUUACGUCUGCCUACCAAAUGAACUCAAACUUUUGGAAACCGGUGCUGAAUGCCACGCUAUUGGAUGGGACACCGGUCACGUCAAUAGUGUACAGAGCUUAUUGAGCCGCGCAGGGUACCCAAGCUCUACACAUCACAUACAUCGGACGAAUGCCGAUGAGUGGACCCCGGACAAAUUGCGCCAGGUCAAUCUGACUGUGUUGAUGCCCCAGGCAUGCAAGAAACAUUACAAAGAUCUCCGCGAACAGAUGAUUAUUUGCGCAGCUUCAAAAGGAAAGGAAUCGUGCACCCGUGACAGCGGCAGUGGCUUAUGCUGUCAGUUGCCGAAAAAUACGCAUGGUUUAUUGCUGGUGCUGCAAGUUUUGGAGAUAGCCAUGCUUGUGGAUAUUUUUCAGGAGUUUACACUUCAGUCGUUGCUCAACAAGGCUGGAUUUGUCGGAAAACCUCCAACAGAAAACGGAAUCGGGUUUAGAAACAUAGACAGUUUACUGCUCAUUUUACACAUGUUAAACGUGGAAGCACAUGGUGUGCACAGAAGCAUGAAAGAUAACUUUUCUUUUCUCCAUUUAAUUUCAUCAAAACACGUAAAAAUAAACGUGCUGGUGAAGUUUACACGAUUACAAAAGCGGACACAAGUUUUGGGAUGA